AUGGAUCCAUUAGAGCAAAAUCACAUUGCAUUAAGAGGAGAUGUUGACUCGAUGAAAAACCAGAUAGACCAACUUGUGGAAGCUAUGAUAGCUUUAGCAAAGAGGGAGGACAACAUUCAACAGACUUCAGUGGUUGAGAAUGUUGUGCUAGCUCCAGUAAAUGGUCUUACCCAACCUCAGCUUGUGCAAGCCCCAGUUGAUAACUCUACUGUACAAGAACGUCAUGUUGUUCAAGAUUCCUCACGUAAUGAUGCUGUUGAGUAUCACAGUUUUGCAUUCUCCGUGCCAGAUUCCCAUGGAACAAGCCUAGUGGACAGUUUGACCAGGGCAUCGUUGAGUUGGUACAUGAAGUUAGAAAGGAGACGUAUUCAAUCAUGGCUGGACCUAGCUAACGCCUUCUUGAAGCAAUACAAAUAUAAUUUGGACAUGGCUCCCGAUCGCAUGCAGUUGAGAGCCUUAUCUAAGGAAAGUAACGAAUCCUUCAGAGGGUAUGCCCAAAGGUGGAGAGAGUUAGCGGCUCGCAUUGAACCACCACUCUUAGACAAAGAAUUGAUGGGAUUAUUCAGGGAUGCCUUACAAAUCCCUUACUUCGAAAGGAUGAUUAGCAGCGCAGCAUCAGACUUCGCUCACUUAGUGACAAUUGGAGAACGCAUCGAGAGCACCCUAAAAAGUGGAAGAAUCCAAGGUGCCUCGAGCAACCAAGCUAGCGAGACAGAAUCCCUCAGCGAUUCCAAAAAGGAAGAGGAUAAUGAAAUAAAUGCAGUCAUGGCAGAUGUUGGGUAUUCUCAUGAUGCACCAGCCAGACCUUAUGGUUCUUCACCUUCUAAGCAAUCACCAUUUCCAACACCACGUUAUCCUUAUAGGCAACCGGCAAGGCCUAGAGCACCAUUCAAGCAACCAUGGAUUGUUCCUUAUACAAAUCAAAGAUCUCGUGGUCAAGGAUAUCAGAAUCAACAUCUGAACCAGCAUAGGCCUCGAAAUAAUCUGGAAAGAAGGAAUGCUCCUCUCGAUCCAAUCCCCAUGUCAUACAGUCAACUUUUGCCAUGUCUGAUUCAAAGCUCGAUAGUGGAGCCCAAGUCUCUCAGGCCAUUGUCAGAACCAUACCCACCUGGAUAUGAUCCUGAUGUGCAAUGUGGAUAUCAUGCCGAAACAAUAUGGCAUUCAACUGAAGACUGCAAUGCUUUCAAGGCUAAAGUGCAACAAUUGAUCGACAAAAGGUACAUAUCCUUUUUAGAAGGAAGCCUGUUGGUGCACGUUAACCUCUCGUCAGAAUGA